UUAAUCCACAAUUUAUUAUUUUAAAUGUCAUGAAAUGUAGAGUAGGCAAAGGAGUGUUAGCAGUAGUUAAGUGCAGCACUGCAGCUUGAGAUCUGAAGAGGUUCUUUUCUUCCUUGUGCCAUCACCGUCAACAAAGAUUUCCCCUUUCUUUUUUUUUCUUCCCACAUUUCCCUUCUCUUCUCCGAAAUCUUUAUAUAAAGUAUAGCACCAAAAGAGUUAACUCAACUCGCACCGAGUGGGGAGGUUUUUGAAUCCUCAUUUUUACUGAUUUCUGGAGGAAACCCAUUUGGAAAUUUGCAGUUUUUUUUACUGAUUUUUGGAAGCCCCCAGUUGAGAUUAUAACUACAUUGGCUCGUACUGAGGUUUGCGUGACUGUUUGUGUUGCAGCUGCUGCUAUUCCAUUCAGAAAAUGGCACUUGUAUCUUUUCUGAAGAGGACGAGAAGCACCGUGUUAAACAGAAAAUAACAUUUCAGAUCAGUUAAACUUCUUUUAUAGAAUAAUUCAUUUGAUUAUUUCAGCCUUGACCGAUUUGAGAAGCUGAUAUUACUUUCGUGGAUAUAAGUUGGCACAAUGAUCAGCAAGCAACUUAUAUUGACCUACCUUUAUCUUUUCGUAUAUAUUCUGCUAUCCUCUGGAGUUAUUUUAUAUAACAAGUGGGUUCUCUCGCCAAAAUAUUUCAAUUUCCCAUUUCCUAUAACGCUUACCAUGAUUCAUAUGGGCUUUUCGGGGUUGGUGGCCUUCUUUUUGAUCCGUGUUUUUAAGGUUGUAUCACCUGUGAAGAUGACUUUUGAAAUAUAUGCAACAUGUGUAAUUCCUAUCAGCGCCUUCUUUGCUUCAAGUCUUUGGUUUGGAAAUACUGCAUACUUGUUCAUCUCAGUUGCCUUCAUUCAGAUGCUCAAAGCCCUAAUGCCAGUGGCGACUUUUGUCAUGGCUGUUUUUUGUGGAACCGAAAAAUUAAGAAGUGAUGUGUUUGCAAACAUGCUGUUAGUGAGUUUUGGCGUUGUAAUAUCUUCGUAUGGGGAAAUUCAUUUCAAUGUAGUGGGAACGGUUUAUCAAGUUACGGGAAUAUUUGCUGAAGCUCUUCGGCUGGUGCUAACUCAAGUUCUACUUCAGAAGAAGGGAUUAACACUUAACCCUAUCACAAGCUUGUACUAUAUUGCUCCUUGCAGUUUUGUGUUUCUUUUUAUUCCGUGGUAUCUUUUGGAGAUGCCUGCAAUGGAAGUAUCACAGAUCCAAUUUAAUAUAUGGAUAUUCUUCUCAAACGCACUUUGUGCCUUGGCUUUGAAUUUCUCGAUAUUUUUGGUACUUGGUAGAACCGGUGCAGUGACUAUUCGAGUCGCUGGUGUACUGAAAGACUGGAUACUUAUUGCCCUUUCUACUGUAAUUUUUCCAGAGUCGAUUAUCACCAAGCUAAAUAUUAUCGGUUAUGCCAUUGCUUUGUGUGGUGUUGUUAUGUAUAAUUAUUUGAAGGCUAAGGAUAUUCGUUCGUCCCAAAUUUCCGGGGAGAGUAUCUCAGAUCGAGCGGCGAAGGACCUUAAGUCGGAAAAACGGUCUUCAAAUCUUUACUUUCCGGAUGAAAACUCAAACAACGGUUUAGGAGGGAAAAACGGAAGGAAUAAUGGAUCGCAUCUAGAUACAAAUGUGGACGAAGAAGCACCUUUAAUUCCUUCAUUAAAGGGUCUUUUGUCUAGGACAAAGCCCAGUUGAAGAAGUGAUCUAUAGUGGUUUAAUGAAUUUUUUUUCUUUUUCUUUUUUCUUUUUAAGUAGUUGCUUUGUCUACCUUUUCUUGAGAAGCAACGAUUGUCGGAACUUAAUUUCUAGAUGUGAACGAGAGCCCUAUUGGUUGUUAUUGACAUUCUUACUAAGCUUAUCUCGAGACAUAA